GAUCAUCCAUGUUACACUCGAGGCUUAUGUUGUUUUUGUCAUAAAAACCCAAACUGUAGGUUCGAAUACUAACUCCUUACUUUUCGUCCCAUUCCUGAUUCCUCACAUUAGUCCAUAAUCCUCUUUUUGACCCUAGUAAGUAGGUGAGUUUUCUGAAGGUUGAUUCAGCGUCGCUCAGAGAUCGAACAUGAAAAUGCCCUCCCCUUUCCAGCAUCCUUUCUAAGCAAUCAAUAGAGGGGAUAAAUAGGAACACGGAUUUAAAAGAGGAGAUGCGCUAAAGAUCCUCUUUCUCGUCUGCCAUGGAGAAAUGUUGCGAAACUCCCCUUUUUGUUGCUGCAUGUUUGAAAUGUGGCGAAACUGUCUACGUUUUCCCCAAAUACACGCCAAAUUACCUGCCUUUUGCUCAACCCCAAGUAGCCAACCUCAGAAGUCGUCAUUUCACCAUUGCUUCCCCUAUGUUCGCCUUCAUUGGUUGCUUAGGUCACAUUCCGUGUUCUUCAUGCGCACAUUGUAGUUGAGCUACCUCUGGCCUAGACAGCGAAUCAGCAUGCUACAUAUUUACAGAUGGAUUCAUGAAGGCAACUAGUGUGGAACCUGGACAACCUACGUUUCAGGAGCCCAAUACUUCCCGUACUGUUACUUUGAGACACCUUAAUAGGUCUAGUACAACAAAGUGUCAGUAUGCGAAGUACCAAUUCACUUUCGGGAUCUUGCAUCCUACUCGGGGUCCCGGACUAAGUAACAAGGGACAAGUCUGUCUUCUUCAACGUUCGACGCCAUUCUGGUUGUUAAUAUUUGGGUAGUAAGUUUAAAAUGAGAGUAGUGUGUAUCACUGGAUAAUACGAAAUGGCACUUUUAAUGCCUCACAUUACCACCCAUGUACUGACAUCUUUGUGACCACAGAUAGCUCGAGAAGAAGGUCGUUGAGUGCUGAGAGGGACGCCGUUCAACCUUUUGUUCAAGGAAAUAUCGAUGUUUUGAGUCAUGGAUUUAGCGUAGAAAGAAAUUAAGAAAGUUAUGCUGUACAGUAACACUAGAAAUGUAAGGACAAGGCUACCAACGUAAGUGUUGUGUAUAAAUAACCAUAAAGAAACAGGAAUUGAGAUUUUAAAUGAUCUUAUACGUCGUGUAAGAGAUAUUGGGAAGGCGAAAGUGCUUCAAAGCAAUCUUAGCAAUAUAUCGGAGAUUGUUUAUGCACGUAGCGAUAUGAUCGAUAUUCAUUAAAAAUUCCGGAGGCCGUUGAUAUCGAUUCGGCGUACAAGACAAACAAAAUGGGGUAUAUCAGAUUCAAAGUAUUUGAAGGAAAUUGGUAGGUGGCAUCCAUAGCAGUUUGUUGUGACUGGUGGAUAUAGAUGAGUAUGCAGUGUUGUUUGCAUUGACGCAAACUAAGUGACCAAACAAUGUAAAGCAAGUUCUAUUAACACUUUAGAUAGAGUCAAGUCUUAAAGAAGACAGAAACCUGCCCAGUGUUUAACUUGAUUCCUAGCUUCAUUAAUCUGGAAAUAUUUUAAAGUCAAGAUUAUUGUAAAGACGAAUGUGAAUUAAUGGACAAUCUUUUGAAGGACAACACAAGUCACAGAAAUACACAUUGUUUAUGAAGUAAACUGGAGAUAUAGAAACUCUAAUAUCAAGUCUCUGUUGACGCAAUUUUACUCAGCAUAGUAAUUUUGAUGCCCCUGAUUAGUGAUAUUAAUUGUCUUUAUGCACUAGCCGCUAAAUGCCCUGGUGCGACCAAGGGUGGGAAGAGUCCACUCUCUCAUGUGCUCUUACGUUGCUACGGGUAUACAACCAUUGUCAGGGAGGUCCUACUCACUGCAUUCUCGCGCCAGGGUAUUUUUAUGCAGUUGAGAGGAUGAAAAGCGAAUGUCCGGCGCUUUAACCGGGCUGGCGGAUACGAAGAUUGCACCUUAGAGGAGUAGGAAAGGCCUGAUCCCAAACCAAUACUGCUCAUGGGCUCCAGGAUCCUGAGGGAACACAUGGUGUAUGAACCGAUUGUUGGUGACUGGCUACCAUGGGACUGCGUCUAAAAACUUGCCCCGCUGCCUUGUGGAUUGGACCUCUAGGUCAAAGGCUCGGGGAGUGGCCCCCUAAGGAAACCACUUGGUCCGGUUUGGGCGCUCGAGCAAUAUCCCAACCCUCACACAAAUUGAAUGAUGAAGCGUGGCAUAUAUAUAUUCAGCGCCUCCUUGUACCAAUAUUUAUGUAUUUAAAUAAAGUAAAAAUAAAUUUAGUCACUGGGUUUGUACGCCAACACUUUACACAAUGGGAACAAGGAUUACUUGCUUUCUGUAUACCACGGAACGGUAGAAUUUCUCCUUGUUACUAGUUGCUUUACUCAACUAGGUCUUGACUGAAUUAAAAACAGCCACUCAUUUAGCUUUGUCGGUAUUACUAAUGAUGGGGACUCCCUUUGUUUUGCAGUCAUUUUAUCGUAUGAAGAUAAUAGUCAUUGAGGAAAUUUUCGAAUAUUGAUAGUUGAUUUUAUGCCAAACUAUUAUUGUUAACUUUUGUUUCUUUUAACAGGACUAUAUACAUGUAAUACUUCACAGAUGUGUGCUCUAUGUUACCUCACGAGAGUAGAAUCAUUCUCAGCCUGUCAUCGUCUUCAUUCACAACAUCUUAGUAAUGAAGAAAAUGUUAAACUGUUUCAAAAAUGUAAUAAUCCAAUGGGACAUGGUCAUAAUUACAAAUUAGAAGUCACAGUUUCAGGACCUAUCGAUCAAAGAACCGGUAUGAUUAUGAACAUAAGUGACUUGAAAUCAGUUGUUCAAAAACAUGUCCUCGACCUAUUAGAUCAUAAAAAUAUAGAUGAAGAUGUUGAAUAUUUUAAAAAGAAUAGUAUUGUAUCAACUACGGAAAACCUAGCAGUUUUCAUAUGGUCACAAUUAGUCAAUGCUAUCCCUAAUAAUUUACUUUACGAAGUCAAAAUAUGGGAAACUGAAAAGAAUAUCGUAACUUAUAGAGGUGAAAAAAUAAAUCACGAGUAAACUACACCUCUAAAAAAUUAUUACAUUACUAAAUCAUUUAUCCGCAAAUAAAAUCAUUGAGUUUAA